CACCGCGGUCAUUGGAGGAAAAGGACUGGGCUGUGAAUAUUGCACUGUGUCUUCAGUUGUUAUUUUCCUCGUCGAGUAAAUGCUGUGUAAACAAGAAUAACCCAAUGGCUUUUACAGGUAUUUGAUUGAUCAAGGGAUUGUGGAUUAUGUGUACACAUCAAAUGCGAUGAAAUGACAGGUCUCUGCAGAAACUCUGUGAUUCUUUCGAGAUUACCUAUGACCUUUGAACUGUAAGCACCAUAUCGUUGCAUUCAACCCCUGAUUGACCUCAUCAUGGCAGUGAAUAUAAGUACGCUGUCUCUAGUACGAACUCUUCGUAAUAAGCUGACUGUGGACCCUCCUCCCCCACAAGAAAAGGUUCUGAGGAUCCUUCAAAAACUGACUAGAUUGCCCAUCUCAAUAGAGGUUCUCACUGAGACAGGAAUCGGCAAAGUCGUGAAUGGAUUCCGCAAACAUGACGGCGAGAUAGCACAAGCUGCCCGGGGUCUGGUACGCCACUGGAAAUCCAUGGUCCAUGAAGCUAUGGAUGAAGAAGCCAUGAAACACGAAGGUGCUCAAGAGCAACAGCGACAAGCCAGCAGCAGCGACUCGACGAUACAUCACAAGGCUGUGCAACGGGUUGAAGCCACAACAUCGAGUCCAUCCAGGAGCGUGACUAAGGCAAGGUCUUCGGAGAGUCUGCCAAAACCAAAACCACUUGGAUCACCAGAGACUCAAGUACUCAAGUCACCGAAGCAAUCGGCCAAAUCCAGAGUUGAGCCAAAGUUGCUGGAUGCCUCGCCGGGAAGCACGUCAACAAGGUUGGUUGAUUCUCCCAAGCACAAGAAGCAACCCAGGGAUGACAGCUUGAAUGAUGAUAAAUACACAAGCCUCAAAGAAAAACAGUCUUCUCCUUCCAGGGGGAGCCCAGUUAAAAAACUGAAAAGCCAUCAUCAACACCCUGAAAAUGGAAUGGCCAGUGGUCACUCUAAGCGAGAGAAUGACAUCUCGGCAAAGCCGACUGAGUCUCGUAGCUCACACGGGCAGAAGAAACCUGUUAAGGAGUCUGAAUUGCACGUGAGAUUGCAUGACAAGUCACAUGCUAAAUCACAUGACAAGUCACAUGAUGAUAGAUCACCCGACAAGUCAAAUGCUAGAUCACAUGACAAGUCACGUGAUAGAUCAAACGACAAGUCACGUGAUAGAUCACAUGAAUCAAAAGCAACCACCAAAACAUCUCAGGCCAAACCGCACUCAAGUGCUAGUUCCGCACCUCACGAACAACAUUUGCCAUCCAAGGUCUCAAAACCAUCUCAUCCAGACAAAGGUCUUCCUUCGCAGAGAACUGAACGGGAGAGCAAAAGUCUCAAACAUGAAGGUUUGACAAGUAUCUCCAAGGACAAAUCUCCUAAUAAGACAGCGUUGCCUAAACCAAAGUCCGAAGUUUCUCCUGAGAAAGCUGCAAAACAAGCCUCUGUAGAAAAGACAAUUGGUAAAGACUCUCACAGCAAAUCAGUUCAGCAAAGAGGCAAAACAGACUCGAAGAGUAAAAGUGUCAAAGUAACUUCUUCCCACGGGGCAUCCUCUGAUAACCCGUCGCCAAAAACGUCCAACCUGAAAAAGGGACAUAGUUCCAAGUCUAAAGGCAGUAGUAGCGGAAAGAGGGAGAAGCCAGUUGACAACCAUCUAUCAGAGGAGCUCCAAGAUGUCGUCGAACAUGAAGACCUGGAGGGGCAGGACUUCAGGUCUACUGGUAUGUCGUUUGGCGAUUGCCUUCUAGUUCCUCCUGUUGUUUCAAAGGUGAAGAAAGUCGCCAAGAAUAAACCGUCCACCUCUGUGAAACUGGGAUCUUCAGCAGCCAAACCGAAGGACAAGUCUAAAACCACUCGCACAACGACUUUGGACAGCCAGUCCAAGGUCAAACGAAGCAGUGCCGACACGGUCAAAGGUGAAAGUUCAAGGUCAAGCCAUAAAGAAACCGAUCGAGUGAAGGAUCGGAAUAAUGUUAAACCCAAGGAGAGGAAAGCUACAAGUUCAUCUGAGGGUCAGAGUUCAGAUGGAGGUCAUGGGUCGGAUGUUGGUAGGCGAAACAGGAAGAAGCGAAGUAUCAGUCAAGAGGACGAGGAGGCUAUGGCUGCCAAGAGGUUGAGACGAGAGUCUGCCGAUGUAGCAAUUAGCCUACCAGAAAUCCAGCCGGACUACAAACCAAUGCGUCUACCGGAGGUGGGAGGAUCUCCUCUCAAGAAAAGAGUUAUGACGUCUGAAGAGGAGAGGGCCUUUCUUGGCUCCAAGCAGGGAAAAACCAAAGUCUUCUCAGGGCGUGCCAGAGUUAAUCGCCUCACAAGUGUGCCGAAACUCUACGACAUGUGCAUGGAUAUAUUAUGCAAAAACAUUGACGCUCUGGAUGAGGUUGGUGGGGUGCCCUUUGACAUACUGCAUCCCGUCCUAGCAAGGUGUUCCCCUGCGCAGUUAUUCCAUCUUGAAGAUUGCAACCCGCAUUUUCUGGAGGAUAGUGAUCCGCUUUGGCAGAAGCAUGCUCAGCGAGACUUCAAGGGAGAUUGGCCCAGUGAAAUGGAAUCCUGGAGGGAGCUCUACGUAAGGAAACACGAUGAGCGAGAAGCCAGACUCAAGUCCAUCACAGCCAAUAUCUCGAGACAAAUGGCGGAAAAGGAUCCAGGUCGCCUCACAAAAAUGGCAUUCGUCGAUCGACCGGCGAAACCUCCGCGGAGCGUGAUGCGUCAGCAGCUUCGGCAUGGUACGGCGUCCGGAGCGUUCAUGCCGGAGAAGCGUACCCACAGCACCGUGCAACCAAACAAACUGUCCAGGGUUCUAAUCAACUCUAGCGGGGCUGAUGUUUCUUCGGUUCAGCAUCAACGGCAGGCAAGAACAACAAAGAUUGUGGCACCCAUGAUGAUGAAGACACUGAGAAUGAUCAAGAAGCUUCGUAGAUGAUGAAAGACCUUUGAACUUUGACCUGAACUUUAACCCUCGACCUGUUGCACCAAACAGGGCUCAAAUUUGGGAGGAAUAUCGACUCAAGAUGACAGGGCUAGUAGCGCAAGUUUACUGGACCAGAAUUAAUUUUUCAAGAUCAGAAUUGAAAUCAGGAAAAUAAAAGCGCCUCUACUGGUACAGAGUUUCAUAUUUUACUGUUUUGAUUUGAAAAGAACUAAGACGAGAUUGAUCUCAUUUGUAUUAUAUGGGUACGUAGUUCAAUACUCAACAGAAUUGAGGGAAUUCAUAAUUAUAGAUUCACGAUUUGAAGAAAAAAAUGACCGGCUGCUGAAUUUGUCUUGUCUUGAGUUUACUGGCCCGGAGUAAUUUUGAGCCCUACUGAAUGCUUUGUUAGAUCGCUACUUCAGUUACAUGAAUGUGGGUCGUUGUUUAAAUUACCUGUUGUGGCUUAUAUUGUACUGUGUACAUGAAUUGAGUCAAUAUAUGGAUGAAUAAUUCUCGGUAUAACAUCUUCCCAUUUUCAUACUUGCUUUUUGAAUAGAAUUUAUAAUAUUAUUAAAAAGAAAUAACGUAUUUAUAAAAUUAGACUUGAUAUUAUUUGCAGAGACAGUUGAGCUUGUCUUUGAUGUAUUGAGGUUGUGGAACUUCUUGCAAUCUUUACUCCCGCCUGAAAUCAAUUCUGUUGCAAUUGAAUGUGAGUGCAAAGAAACAGAGAUAUUUCAUUAUUUAUGAAAGACUUUUAAAGACACUGGACACUAUUGGUAAUUGUCAAAGACCAUUCUUCUCACUUGGUGUAUCUCACAUGCACAA